AUGAGAUUUGAGAGUUGUGCGGAAAAAAAACUGAUGAAGUCUUGAAAACUUGAAUCAGAGUAGUGAUUUGAGCAAUGAUGAGUGGAAGUGUCGUCGACAACGCCGUGUCAUCUAGUAACACUUCUGUUGCGAUACCGAGAGACAUCAGCGGACAAAUAUUAGACCUCGAUGAAGACGAUGACUUAGAAGUUUUCAGUAAGGAUAUGAUCUACACAGACGGUAGCUCAUUCAGUGCUUCCAUGCAGACGUCCCCUGGUUCAAUGGUCAACCAGUACAAGUUCGAAGAAGAAGAGGAAGAUGCUGGUGCCAAAGACAUUUUUGUCACAGUUGAUAACCCAGAGAGUCACGUGACGGCCAUUGAGACAUACAUAACUUACCGGGUUGUGACCAAGACCACUCGGAGUGAGUUUGACUCAAGCGAGUUUGAGGUCCGAAGGCGAUACCAGGACUUCCUCUGGUUAAGGGGACGCCUGGAAGAGGCUCAUCCCACGCUCAUUGUUCAUCCGCUGCCAGAGAAGUUUGUGAUGAAAGGGAUGGUGGAGAGGUUUAAUGAAGAUUUCAUCAAGACGCGGAGGAGAGCGCUGCACAGGUUUCUGAACAAAAUAGCAGGACAUCCAAUAUUUUCCAGUACAGUGGACUUUAAGAUCUUUCUCACAGCAGAAGAUGGGGAGUUGACCUCUCACAAGAAACAGGGCCCUGGGUUUCUGAGCAGAAUGGGUGAGACUGUGAGAGCGGUCGCCGCAACAGUCAGAGGGGUCAGAAAUCGGCCUGAAGAAUUCACAGUGAUGCAGGAGUACGUGGAGGCAUUCAGUCAGAAGAUGAGCUUGCUUGACAAAGUUACACAAAGAAUCGUCAGAGAGCAGAAAGAGUACCUGGAGGAGCUGAAGGAAUGUGGGCCCACAUACACUCUGUGGUCAAACUCAGAGGAGGAGUUGGCAGAGCCCCUGAAGAGCAUGGCAGGCUGUCUAGACAGAUGCUGUAAGGAGACAGAGGAACAGGUCAAACAGCUUAAUGAUAACCUGAUUCCAGCCCUUCAUGAAUACGUUCUCUGUACUGAAAUUCUCAAGGCGGUGCUCAGGAGGCGAGACAACAUGCAGGCAGAGUUUGAGGCAAAGACCGAAGCUCUUGCCACAAAGAAGGCCGACAGAGAAGUGGGACAAUCCCCCUGGAGCAACCUGGAGUUAAGUGCCUUGCUCAAGGACACAAUGGUGGUGGCUGUGGGGAUUGAACCAACAACCUUCUGCUUACCAGAAUCUAAGGUGCUGAGUUUAGCAUGGGACAGCUUUGUGGGACGAUCCUCCGAUGAGGUCAAACAACAGAAACAGCAGAAACUUGAAGGGGAGAUUAAGGAGAUGAAAGAUGAGCUAGAUAAGAUGGAAGACCGGCUGGAGUGGGCAAAUAACGCAUUAAAGGGCGAUUGGACCCGCUGGCAGAAAGUCAUGAGAACUGAGCUACGAUCAGCCUUCAUCGACACAGCAGAGAGGAAUGUGAACUACUAUGAAAAGUGUUUGGCUGUUUGGGAGUCUUUCAUGUUCUCACAAAGGACAGAGGGGGAAGAAAGUGGACAGGUUGACUCUUCCUAAUCAACCAUAGUGCCUUUAGCCAAACAAAGGUCCACCAAAGAGAGGUUUCUAGUCCUACGAAUACAAUAAACUUCACAUUUAAAAACAAAGACAGUUAAAGAGAGACACUUGCCAUGUACAAACUUCACCAGAUGACCAAGAAAUAUCUAUUAUGGAAACAUAAUUUCCUUUCAUCACUACAUUUGCCCCAAAGUCCAUCUUUUGAUAAUGGGUAUAUUGCCAAAUCUUUUAUAUAGAGACAUAUUUUCAUUUUGUUCAAAGCAUGAGUUUCGGAUUCAGGGAAUGAAUGCAAAAGACUGUUGCAUCACCUGACCUUAAUAGUUGUCGUGGUUCCACUGAGGAUUUUGAUCUAUAUGAAUUUUUUUUUUUUUUUUUUU